CAGGACGUUCAUGGAGGUAACGCCGUCCAAGGUUCAGGAGACCAAGGAACUGAGACAACUAAGUCGGUGGGCCAAGAGGGAGGACCCGCUCCCUCACAUCCUUAUAAUAGGCUACACGUCGUGGAUGAUACUACAUAUGAUGAUGAUGAAUUACACCGCCGACGUGCUGGAGGUCAUGAGAGAGAUGCAUCAACAGGUCGUCCCUCUCCUACACCAGAUCGCUCAGAGGACGCGGGUGUUGGUGGUGUCUCAGGGUCGCUACAGGGAGCACAGUCUUACUGGAACAAUCUACAACAAGGCGUCAAUCUUAGGGGAUGCCACCUUCGACUGGAGCGAGAUGCUGUUCCAGUAUUAUCUCCGUCAGUAUAAAGACCACCACCUUUCUCCUGCCACGCCCCACGUCUCCUACACCUUUCCAACACCAAUCACUGGGUCUCUAAAACAACACUCCCCCAACCCCCUGGGUCCCAUACCCAACACUGUAAGACCACAAACUACCAGGACCAGCAAAGACUAUUUGGACGCUAGAGAGACAGGUGGUGGAGUGUGGUGGUGGGACACUGGUGUGCCGCUUAACCUGGCGGGGAUCAGCGAGUGUGAAGAACUGUACCGUCGAGGGCUGGUGGACAGCUCCGUGUACACCAGUGAACACCUCAGGUGUACAGACGACCAUCACGUAGGAGAGGACGUGCUGUCUGACCAAAUCACCAUGCUGCUUAACCUUAUGUGUAACUCUAUCAUGCAGCCACAUACGAAU